AUCAGGUUUAUUGGGCAGGGCGUGGUAUUGGCAAAUCACCCAGAAAAUGCUAUAUAAACGUAUAGAUGGACGUUUUCUAACCAGUUGUCUUUGCGAGUACUGAUCUUCAGCAGCGCUAGAAGAUAGCUAAUUUUUCAUCACCAUGAAAACUUUCAUUGUUAUUUUUUCUUGCCUCAUUGGCAUUGCUUUUACCAAACCAGGAGUCCAUCUUCUUACAACAGCACCAGUAGCACUUGAAAUUCGACAAGGCGCACCAAUUGGUCUUGAUGGCAAAGUUGUUGAUACUCCGGAAGUAGCUUUAGCUAAAGCCGAACAUGCUGCAGCUCACCUAAACGAGAAACUCAAUCACGCAGGUGUUUCAACUAUCAACCCAAUCAAGCUUGAAUCAUUGGGAGGAGCUCCCAUCGGUCUAGAUGGCCGUGUUGUUGACACUCCUGAAGUAGCUGUAGCCAAAGCUGAACAUGCCACUGCUCAUCUCAACGAACAACUUAAUACCGUUGCUGCUGACUCCAAUUUUAUUGGUUAUACUUUUGCCAAAGUUCAACCAGGUGCUCCAAUCGGUCUCGAUGGACGAGUAAUUGAUACUCCUGAAGUAGCUCUUGCUAAAGCUGAACAUGCGGCUGCACAUAUUAAUGCUAAAUUAAACCUUGCCUCUGAAACUUUCAAACAUUCUUAUGUUCCUUCAUAUUCCUAUAUUGCAUCUGCACCAAUUUUUUACAUUAUUAUUUUAUUGGCUACAGUGGCCGUUUCUAAUGCCGGAUUUCUUGGACCUCAAGAAUACAUUCAGCCACAACAUAUCCAACCACAACACAUUCAACCGCAAAAGUAUGAACCACCAGCACCAGUAGGCCACGACGGCAAUGUAAUUGAUACUCCAGAAGUAGCUGCAGCUAAAGCUGCUCAUUUCGCUGAAUUUGCUAGAGCAGCCGCACGUGCAGCUAAAGAAAAGGAAACUCCUGAGUCUUAUCCAACCCACCAAACAUAUUCUCCUGCUCCAGUAGCUCCCGUAGCACCAGUAGCAUCUCCAGCACCUCCUGCUCAUAAUUAUCGAUUCGCAUCAGCUUCUCAGUACUCUCACGUACCAGAGCCCCAUUAUCGUCAAGAACCCGUCAGUAAUCACGGUUUCAUUCAUCAACCAGUACAACAAUUCUCCAAUGCUUUACCUCAUAAAGUGCCUUUCCAACCGGCACCUCUCGCUGAAGAUGGCACUGUCAUUGAUACCCCGGAAGUCGCUGCUUUGAAGGCCGCUAGAUUGGCUGAACUUGCUGAUGCUGAAGCAAGAGCCUACAAAAAUGCUGGACCUGCUCAAGAAUAUCCUGAAGAUCAAGGACAUAAUAGAGCUUUAGGAUCUGUUCCAGUUCAAUAUAAUCCAGCAGUUUACAACCAAGCACCUCAUACCUUUACUCCUUAUGGAAAAAGUGCAGUAUACCAACCUGGUCCAGUUUACCAAUCAAAGUUGUACCAAUCUCAACAAAUCUUAGGAAACUACCGCAUUACUAUCACUGCGGUUAGUGCUUCGUUAGUGCAAACAAUAGACAUGAGAUUAGUUAUUGUCCUAUUGGCAUUAAUAGUUAGCCUGGUUAAUGUAGAGGGGUACAAUGUGUAUGCUUAUCAUGGACCACCUGCUCCGCUAGCUAAUGAUGGCAAAGUUAUUGAAACGCCGGAAGUGGCGCAUGCUCGAGCUGCUCAUCUUGCUGCUCACGCUGAAGCAAUCGCUAGAAUUGCAUCUGUAGGCGAUAACUGGCACGAAAAACAUGAAGAUGAAAAAGAAGGUAAUGACAUUGAAGAAGAGACAAAUCAAUUUGGAGAUGAUGGAUUGAAACCAGUUUAUCGAGGACCACCAGCACCUUUAGGAAAGGAUGGUCGUGUUGUUGACACACCCGAGGUUGCACAUGCAAAAGCUGUUCAUUUAGCAGCUUAUUCAAAAGCAUACGCAGCAGCACCCAAAGAAGAUGAAAAACCAGAAGGAAAAGUUUAUGGGGAAAAUCAUGAUCAUGAAAAUGAAAUUCCUGGACAUCUACCAUAUCUUUAUUAUUAUCCCAAAAAGUACAAAGGCCCAUUAGCCCCACUUGCACCGGAUGGCCGCGUGAUAGACACACCCGAGGUUGAGCACGCUCGUUCUGCUCAUUUACAUGCACUUGCUCAUGCACAACAAUUAACGAGUACUGAUCAUCAUUCAAAUUUGGAGCAUGUUUAAAAUAUAUGUACCAUUUGAGGCAUUUUUUUCAAUACAAGACCGUGUAAAACUUUAUUGAACAGCUCUUAAAUAAUCAUGAAAUAUGUAAAUAAUAAGUAUACAAU